AUGCCGCCACUGUCUUCUAUCCAGUUUCAGUUGGCGCAAUACAAAGAAUGGCUCAUCGAGCUCCGGAAAGAUUCUCGCAUGACACUUGGCAAAAUCAAGAUUGAGUUGUACAACCAAAAGGGCAUUACGGCAAGCCUGCACCAAUUGGAAACAUACUUCAAGAAUUUAGGGCAACGCAAGAAUCUUUCGCGGCCCGAAUGGAGACUCGUGUUCCGUGCUCUGGCAUCGCAGAAAGCAGUUGGUCGCACGUGUGAGGUCUACAUGAGUGGAAAGUUGAUCUCAGGCGACAGUCUGCAGAAAAAACGAAAGAAUGCAAAACCUGAGGCUGCAAUAGCCACAUGCCUUGCUGAUGCCGAACAAUUCGUCAGACAGCUUCCUGAUGGAGUUAAAAUCAAAUCGCAUCAUUCCUUGAGCUUAUCAACCCCCGGCCCGCAGCAAGGUGUCGAUGCUCUGCCAAUGUCGCACACACGCCCUGGUUCCAACCCGGGUGCUGAGCCAAGCAUACGGCAAGACUCAUUUUCUGUCGACAAUGACCUUGUCCUCGGACUGCAUGCUACGAGCUCUUAUCAGAGUACGAGCCGUAGCUCUAUUGUCCCUCAUCAUUCGAAUACUAGCACAACAGAUGCGAUUCAGCUCAUGAGCUGUCCAGUCAACACAGAUACAAAUUUUGGCGCGGCAUCUCAGUGGGAUAUGGAUUUCAUGACAGCUACUUCUGUACUUUCUUUCAACCAUGGAAUCAUGAGACCUGGUUCACCGGAACUAUUUCAAUAUUCGUUCAAUGAUCCAUAUGUGUUGGACGACUGGAAUCAAGAGAUUGCACACUUGAAUUUCCAUUCGCAUUCACACAUCCCAGAUCGCAGAAACUGGGAGCGCCUAUACAGGGACAUGCCUAUGUCACUCAGAUGUGAUCGUUAUAGUGUCAGUUCCGUCGAAUCAGCUCGAAUCCUCCGAAAGUUCAUCUCCGUUGUUUCUGUACGCAGAGGAAGUAGGCUUGGUGAGCCAAUUCCAACCGCCGAGGAGAUCAUAGACAUCCUACAAUCCCAGGUAUCUAUCGAGGAUAUGGCAGAGGCGAUAUGCGAGCCAUUGGCAGUCGUUGGUACCAACUCUCCACUGACUGAUCCAUUUGCUCAAUUGAUUCUCUUCUCAGUUGUCAACAAUUUCUCUGGUAUUCAAAAAAUCCCAAUGGAAUCGAUCAUGAGAUUCAUUGAUCAUCAUGAGUCUUCCCGCUCCACUAUUUUGAGAUUGCUUAGAAGUGGGACCUCUACAAUCUUCUCAACUGCAUUAGCGGAAAACUUGUUUAAGGCUGCUGUUGAAGCUGGUGAUGUGAAGACUGCCCACGACCUUCUUGCGUUGAAGUUAUUCGCGCCAGAUGACAUACCGUUGGGAACGCACCCGUUUCGCAGAUCCGCUUUGGAAAAGGCGUCAGAGAUGCGCCAUUUCGAGAUGAUGAGACUGCUCUUACAUCAUGGUGCCGAUGUGAACAAAACCCACAUGGACAGAAAAAAUCCCAUGUUGCCGCGAGGAGCUCUUGAAUGUGCCGUCAAGCUAUGGGGCGAGUAUGAUAUACUUGAUCCCAAGAUUCUGGAUCUGCUCCUUGACAAUGGUGCAACCGUCCGCGCUGAGCUCGCAGAGGCUGCAAUUCGAUGGGGAGACAAGUCCCUGAUAGAAAAGCUUAUAUUCAAGCUUCCUCCAUCGGAGCACGUGCAAUGCUUCUCCUCUGACAUGCUCCUUGAUGCCACGGAAUAUCUUAGAAAUGACUUGAGUUUGGCUAUCAUUCGGCAGAUCAUACAAACUUGCCAAGAGACACAUGAAAGCACGUGUAUUAUUUCAAACCAAGAUCUUUUGGUUGGGGUAAUGAUCUAUGCCGCGAAAAGAAAGAAUUCUGCGCUUAUCCGACUUCUAAGUCCUCACGCCGGUCAGGAGGGCCUAGACCAGGCGCUCACAGCAGCAGCGCGAUCUGGAAGCCAUAAGCUGAUACACAUGCUUCUUGAGAGUGGUGCAAAUUGCGAUGGACCAGCAUGUGUCAUCGAUGGCGAUGGUCACAGUCCGCUGACUACUCCUCUAGCAGAAGCGAUUCGAAAUGACGACACUGCGCUUGUGCGCUUGUUUACGGAGAAGGGCGCUUGGAACCAGAUCGGAGAGCCCGGUCGCCUGCAGGCGAUAUUAGAGGUGGUUGCUGAGUCUGAUGAUGAUUUCUACCUUGAUAAGAUUCUACAAAUGGUCCCAGAUCCAAAUCCUAAAGCUCUUACACGACCACUGAGCAUCGCUAUCAGGAAACGCCAUGAAGGAAUGGCGAUGAAACUGCUCGGCGCCGGUGCGGACGUGAAUGCAUCUCCCCGUUCUACCUAUCCCAACGACAGGACCUGGACUCUCAUGCGUCGUCUCUUCAGCCAGCCUCGUCGCGUUGCUUCCCCGCCACCCCAUUUCCAACUACUUUACCCUCUUCAGGAAGCUUUGUCGAUCAAGAGCCCCUCUAUUGUCUGGGCCAUCCUAGAUUGCGAUGCGAAACCAAGUCAUAUGCGCGUCCUCGGGGAUUUAUCGAUAGACCCCAUGAGCACCCUGGAGCAAGCGACUGAAUGGGGAGAUCAGCAAAUUAUCAAGGCGCUCUCCCUUAUGGGUGCAAGCGUAGAUAAUCAAUUGGACGGCUCCCUUUCAAUUGCCAUAAAAAAUGGCGAAAAAUCACUCGUUGAUCUUCUCAUCAGUCUGGGUGCUGAUCCGAACGGCCAUUCCCAGCGGCACGGGUCUCCGCUUGCUGCUGCUGCCCAGGUCGGAGACAUAGAAACAGCCACGUAUCUGCUUGAGCAUGGGGCAGACCCAGCAGACCAACAAGCCAUUCUCAAUGCUUUCACUCAUGCUCAGGACGUAUUAGAAUUGGUACUUCAGAGGCUUCGCAAACGAUACCCAAAAGGGCGCUCAGGCUUCGGUGGCGAGGUACUACGGGAUGCGCUUGAUGGGCACAACGACGCCAUCUUAGCCCUUUGUCUAAAUGCUCGUUUCGACGUUAAUCACUUCGUCACUACACCCGGACAACAAAAAUGGUCCUUUGAGAUGCUUACCCCACUUGGCUUUGCUAUCAGGAAAUACCGUGGCGGUCGUCUGGAUCUUAUUUCUAGGCUUCUCGAUGCAGGAGGUGAUGCGAACUUCCCAGCAUUCCAAGAUGAAUGGCGUCAGGUCUCAGAAACAGCUUUUUUGCAGGUCAUCGAGAUUAAAAGUUUGCCUUUAGUAGAGUUGCUGAUCUCUAAAGGCGCAGACGUCCACAAAGAGGCGAAGUUGGGUCUUAAACGUACGCCUUUGCAGAAGGCAUGCGAGGUCCAAAGUUGUAGUAUUGUUGACCUCCUCCUCACGCACAACGUCGAUCUUGCUGCCAAAGUAGGUUCAACCAGGAUUGCAAAGCGUCUGCUGGACUCGGGUGCCGAUGUUGAUGCCCCAGGUGCGCAGGUUCAGGGACUCUCUGCCAUCCAGUACGCAGCAAAAUAUGGUCGGCUUCACAUGAUACAAGUGCUAUUCAACGCUUCAGGUGCAAGUUUUACUGCAGAGAAAUGUCAGAGCGCGAUUACGUUGGCACAAGACAACGGUCAUCUAGCUUGCGCUGCUCUGCUGAUGGAUCUCUCAUCUAGAAGUCAAGGUUUUAUCGAGUCGUAG